CACGCGGGACGCAGCCGCCGCGCUUCGCCUUCGCGGGACAGCUUCCACACGCGUGUUGUUGUUUUUGUGACCUCUCCGCAGCGCCGCUGUGCUCGCGCCCUCCCCCUCCUCCUCUGCCACUGCGCUCGCCCGCCCGCCCGCUCGCCUGGGCCCAUCCGUGGGAGUGGACGACGAAGAACGAGGAGAAGGAGAAGGCGAAGAAGGAGGGAAGACGACGCGCGCCGCCGGGCGUGGAGACGCGCCUCAGAGGAGAGCGGUAAGGUGUUAUUUUUCUGCUGAUCUCUGGUCGAUGGAUUUAUUACUGACCAUAGAACAAUAUUUUAGCUAGAAAAUCGAGUGAAGGAUGGGUGACUGGAGUUUUCUAGGGCGGUUGCUGGAGAAUGCUCAAGAACACUCCACCGUGAUUGGAAAGGUGUGGCUGACGGUCCUCUUCAUCUUCCGUAUCUUGGUACUGGGCGCGGCGGCCGAAGAGGUCUGGGGUGACGAGCAGUCAGACUUCACCUGCAACACGCAGCAGCCCGGCUGCGAGAACGUGUGCUAUGACGAGGCCUUCCCCAUCUCACACAUCCGCUUCUGGGUGCUGCAGAUCAUCUUCGUCUCAACGCCCACGCUCAUCUACCUGGGCCACGUGCUGCACAUAGUUCGCAUGGAGGAGAAGAGGAGGGAGAGGGAGGAGGAGCUCCGCAAGGCCGGGCGGCACCAGGAGGACCGCGACCCGCUCUAUCACAACGGCGUCAGCGACGGAGGGGGAGGAGGAGGUGGGAAAAAGGACAAGCCGCCCAUUCGCGACGAGCACGGGAAGAUCCGCAUCCGCGGGGCCUUGCUGAGAACCUACAUCUUCAACAUCAUCUUCAAGACUCUGUUUGAAGUGGGCUUCAUCCUGGGACAGUACUUCCUGUAUGGCUUCCACCUGAGGCCGCUGUAUAAAUGUGCUCGCUGGCCCUGCCCCAACACCGUGGACUGCUUCAUCUCCAGGCCCACUGAGAAAACCAUCUUCAUCAUCUUCAUGCUUGUUGUUGCCUGCGUCUCUCUGGUCCUCAACCUGCUGGAGAUCUACCACCUGGGAUGGAAGAAGGUCAAGCAGGGGGUGACCAACGAGUUUGCCCCUGACAGUGAGUCGAUGCAGCUGGGCGGCGCCGAGCCCGGAGCCUCCGAGGCGGUCCCGGAGCGGGCCUCGCAGGCGAUGCUCGACUGUUUGCCAGCAUACGCCAACGUGAGCGUGGUGGAGGCCGGCGUCGCCGAGGGAGACGCCUACGGCCCGACGGAAGCCCCGCCCACAGUGAUCUCCCUAGAUCCUAACAUGGCCUCAGCACCGGCGUGUGCUGGCUUCAAGAUGGAGGCUCUUGCAGAUUCUUUUUACAGCAGUGAAGGCAAAGAUGGAAGAGACGGGGAGCUGACUGCUAUGGAGCAGAACUGGAGCAACAUGGCGCUGGAGCUCCACAGUCUGGAUGGAAAAAGCUCCUCCUACCCUCCUCCUCUCCCCUCACCUCCCAUCUCUACCUCCUCCUCUCUUGGGGAGGCGAGAACCCCACCUCCUCCACCGCAGGAGCAAUACUCAAUGUUUCCCACGCUCCCCCGCGACACCCUUCUUUCCCCCCUCGCGCCAAAGGAGACGGUGGAGGAUGAGGAAAACUCUUGGAUGGUCCCGCGCGAUGACUUCGCUGUGGUCACAAGGGCAGAGAUGCAUCAGCCUCCUCCCGACAUCCGGAAACCAAGUCGGGCCAGCAAGAGCGGCGGCGUCCGAGCUCGCCCGGAUGACCUGGCAGUGUAGCUAAAACACACACUCUCACAUUUACACAACCACGCGUUACAAAACUACAUGAGCACCACCAGCAUAACACCACAGACAAGCAUGACCUCCCACUAAAGACCGACAUUCACCUGGCUGCUAAUUUCUAUUACAGGCAUUUGAACACGAAAAACAGAUAGAAAGAAUUUAGUCUGCUCAGUGCCUUAUUUACAUAUCAGCAACAACGUGUACAAGACAUUUUGAAGGGAUGAUUGUGGACAGGAUGUUUUAGGCAUUCGAAUCACCAGUGUUCAUAUAAAACUACACGAAACGUGCCUUGAGUAGAAAAAGAUUCCCAUCUAACUUUAAAAAAAUAAAAGUUUUAU